AGUACCUCUAGCUCUGUGUUCAUGUUAUGGCACACAAUUUCGUAGUGACGGACACGUCGCCGCCGCCGAAGUCGUCCAUCGCAUACACGGUGUGCGGCGCUCAAACCAUCGCGACCGAGUGCUUGAUCAUCCCAUGUGACGGAGAUGCCCACAGCCGGAUUCCCCCCAGCCGAGAGAAACCACCAGGAAGUGUUGUGUACAGGAUGCUUACCUCGAGCGACAUACUGGACAAAGUUAUUUUCAGUCGCUCUUCGUCGGGCAUGAACCCAACGCCGCUGCCAGAAGUGGCGCGCGAUGUAACGGCCAUCGAGAAUCUGAUCGGUAGCGACCCGCUGAAGACCCAUAAGGAGACGGUAUACGAAACCGCUAUGCAGUCGAAGCCAGGUUUCAGCAAAAAGCUGGCCUACCUUGAGAAAAUACAAUCCUUCCUGUGCGAAUGCAAAGAAAUGUCCGGAGCCUUGAUCUGGUUUGCUGGCCACGGGGAGAUGGAGACCGGUGAUUGGGUGGUAGGUAAUGAUCAUGACACCGUCACUUUUGAAGAAGUACUCGAGCUCUAUGUGAAGUUUUUCUUCAACCGCAUCCUGUACAUUGUAUGUGAUUGCUGCUACUCUGGAACCUGGGUCACCAAACUAGCAAAAAAACUAGAUGAAUUGGGAAUCGGAGCUUGUGGCCAUGAAGCAAAGAAGAAUCACUUUUUUCUCAAAGUUGUUGCCUCUUGUAAGGAAAAGGAGAAAGCUGGUGAUGGUUUUUUUAGAGCAGAGGGUGUCUGUGCUGCUGAAGAUCACUCUAUGCAGUUUCCCCACAACAAAUUUCUACGGGGAUCUCAAAAAACGAUGGUUCUGGAUACAACAAGCAUGCGUUGCUUUCGCGACCCAUCGACCGAAUGCAGUCUUCACAAGAUGGAACGCAAGCAUCAGUGGAAGUGGGUUGAUUUAUUGAAGAAGCAUGAGUCUUUGAGCAAACGCUUCGAGUUUGUCUGCAGUACCAACUACUGGUACGCUGUGUUUUUUCACGAGAGCAAGUGUGACAAAAUGGUUGAAAUUUCAGAGAAUAAAUUGAGUAGUUGUGGCUUUAUUGUAGCCAAAGGAAAAAGAGCCAAUCCCUCCACGAGAAGCUGUGUCCAAACUGUGCCUAUACUCUCCCCUGAAUUACGACCCCCAUAACCUUCCAGAAAACCGUUUCGAUCCUACCAAAUAUUAUUAUGUGUAUUAUUCCUAAAGCAUUGAAAAUGUACUUGUUUUUUCUAAUUCACGUUAGUUUGUAAGUGAUUACUAGUUGAUCCUUUCUAUAACGUUUUUUAUCUUUCCGUUGAUCCCUACAAUACCUACCGCACAAAGA